AACGAGUUCUUUACAUACGACAAGCCGCCCUUCCGCUCGAAACUUCUUCUAGACGCCCAUCCGCUUAGAAAUCUACCUUGUCUCAUAUUAAUCGUAAAUACCUUCGAAUAUUAGUUUAGCUCCCGUGUUGGCUGCGUCAAGUCUCGAAUGGCCACCGUUAUAACGUCGGACGUGCCCAGUGGCUGCUGGAGGAUGCCAUUAUCGGCCGACUUGAAGAAAAAUGACGAUUAUCGAGUGAAGUUGCGUGAAGAGUUUCGCUACUUUUUGCGGAGCAUGCUGCAAGUCUGCCCGGCCAUGGAGCGCGAAGAGAAUUGCUAUUACAAUCAGCGGCGCUGUCCACCGGAGCAAGCAGGGUCGGUAUGUCAACGUGGCCCAUUGCAGGAAGCAGAAGAUUUGAAUAGUGUCAUCGUCGACGUGGGGCAGGUUGACGAACAAGUGGCCACAUUGUGGUGGGCGUUGGCCCAGCAAACGGCUCGCGUUGCCCGCCGAUGUACGGGCUACAGCAACACGACCCUACCACCCGUUGUUGAUGCUGCAAUUCGAUCCACUCCGAGCGGCUCGAGUCGGAAUGCGUGGGCUCCGGUGACGUCGCCUACAUCACGUCCCAGUGCCGAACCAACUUACUCCAUCCUCGGCUGCUUCACCUCUACAGCCGCAGUCGUCGAUCUGACGCUGUCGGGCUGCAACAGCAGUAGCAGCAGUGGCGCAGGUAGCCCCAGUAUUCACAGUGGCACCAUGUCGACUACACCAAUGAGCUCCCCGCGUUUGGUGCGCGAAAUCUGCGAAAAGUACCCACCGAUCGCCGGCCAGCGUCCGGCUUCUGCCACUCCGCAGCUGCAAUCUUACGUCUACGAGACUUCACCUUCGGAUGCGAAAGGCGUCCAGUUGUUGCGUUACGUCCGCGUCUCUCAGAGCGCCAGCACGGAUCCAUUACCGAGCGAAGGACAGCUACGUGGUUCCAUGCGUCGUCCUAAAUCGGAGAUCGCCAUUCGCAAAUUCUCCGAUAGCUCUGGCCAACAGCAAAACGACGAUGCCUCAAGUUCAGUGGAUUGUGUCCAGUACGAGAGUCAAGAUCUCGGACGUGAUUACGAGGAGCCAUCAUCUAGUUAUUCACCCAUCGUUGUCGUGGCUAUUGAUUUCGGGACGACCUAUUCCGGCUAUGCGUUUAGCUUCAUUCACGAUCCGGAAGAGAUCCACAUGAUGCGCAAAUGGGAAGGAGGAGAUCCGGGGAUUCCCAACGCCAAGACGCCGACGGUGCUCCUACUGAGACCGACUGGGCAAUUCCACUCGUUCGGUUACACGGCCCGUGAUUACUAUCACGACUUAUCGCCGCGUGAUACGCGCCAGUGGCUCUACUUUGACAAGUUCAAGAUGACUUUACAUCACCAGAAGCAGCUGGGCAGGAGCACUCUUAUUCAAGCAGCCAAUAAAGUGGAUUCGCUGCCAGCCGUCACUGUGUUCGCCCACGCCUUACGCUUUUUCAAGGAACACGCACUUCGUGAACUGUCUGAUCAGACGGCCAUUCCCAUUCAUAAUGAGGAUAUCCGCUGGGUUAUCACUGUUCCGGCCAUCUGGCGUUCAUCGGCCAAGCAACUUAUGCGUGAAGCGGCCUACGAGGCUGGACUCGGCUCGGAUCGUUUACCUCAGCAAGUGAUGAUUUCACUGGAACCGGAAGCCGCCUCUCUUUUCUGCCGUCAGCUGAAACGGCAUCAACUGAAAGCCGAGAAGCCGGCUGAAUUACAAUUAACUCCAGCCAGUUUGAGCAAACCGGGGCCUUUGAAGCCAUGGAACAGAAGUGCGCAAAGGGAAUCUAUGUAUGUCGAUGCUGUGCUGGAUGUUUGUCCAGGUCAACGCUAUAUGGUAGUCGAUUGUGGAGGAGGUACCGUCGAUAUUACUGUCCAUCAGGUCAUGGAUUUAGACGGCCAACAUCUUAAAGAACUUCAUCGUGCUACAGGGGGUCCUUAUGGAUCCAUUGGAGUUGAUUUGGCUUUUGAGCAAUUGCUGGAUAACAUUUUUGGCUCCGAUUUCAUGAACCAUUUUAAAACCCGCCUUCCAGCAUCGUACGUCGAUCUGAUGAUAUCGUUCGAAGCACGCAAACGUCACGCCAGCCCUUUCCGUUGUAACCCACUCAACAUUGCGUUACCUUUCUCGCUGAUUGAUUGCUUCCGCAAAUACCGCGGACGAGAAGUCGAGUUUGCCAUCCGCAGAUACGGCGAUUCUCACAUCCGCUGGUCAACUCAAGGAAUGCUCCGUCUCGACCAGGAGGCUAUGAAAUCUCUUUUCCAACCCACAUUACGAGCUAUAAUUGAGCAUAUUGAGGACGUUUUGGUCCACCCGGAUUUGGUCGGUAUUGAUUACCUGUUCCUAGUUGGAGGUUUUGCUGAAUCACCUCUCUUACAACAAGCCGUACGAUCGCACUUUGGAGAGCACGUCACCGUUAUUAUACCUCAGGAUGUCAGUUUGGCCAUCCUGAAAGGAGCCGUCCAGUACGGUGUCAAUCCCCGUCAAAUCACGGUGCGCCGUUCGCGACUGACUUAUGGUGUGGCCGUCCUCAACCGCUUCAUCGGCGGCCGCCAUCCGCUGGAGAAACGUGUCAUCAAAGACGGAAUUGCUUACUGCAAAGACAUUUUCGACAAGUUCGUCAUGGCCGACCAGAGUGUCAGUCUUGGCGAACGCGUCAUCCGCAGCUACAGCCCGGCUAGACGCCAUCAGCGUCGCAUCGUUCUCAACGUGUACAGCGCAGAUAACGACGAUGUCCAGUUUGUUACGGAUCCUGGUGUCCGUAUGUUUGCUACCCUCUCGCUUGACCUGGGCUUUAACUACGCUGUCAAGACACGUCGAGAAAUCCGCGUUACAAUGGAGUUUGGCGACACGGAGAUACGCGCCUCGGCUGUUGAUGUUUUCAGUGGCAACACCAUCAAGGCUUCGUUCGAUUUUCUUGAUGACAAGUCUCAAUAGGCAUGGAACACUCCAUGUUCACCGAAAAACUUCACAACAAAGUUCCCUGUACUUGUUUUUGGUUUCCUAGCCAAAUGUUAUUGUUCCCAAAGCACAUUUUUGACACCCAAUACCGCCUCUUCGCUCAGCAAUUUUUGAGCACGAACCAUUCACAAAUGAUUUCAUUUGGCAGGCCAGGAACUGUUUGACCUAACACUUUUUAGAGAAAUGUCAUCACGCGGAAACAUUAAGAAGAUAAUACAUAUUCUAAUGCUUGA